AUGGAGAAGGACAAGCAGGAACUCCUCGUGGCCGCAAAGGCUUUCGCUGCCGACAAUGUCGACCUAUACGAACUUCUCGGGCUGGAAGACAAGACAGUCACAGAGCAGUCUGUGAUCCAGCGAGCAUGGCGAAAGGCAUCCAUGCACGCGCAUCCCGACAAGGCGCGCGAAUCCUUUUCCAAAGACGUAUGGGAGCGCUACGGCCUCGCGCGCGACGUCCUAAUAGACGAGGACGCGCGAGCGACAUAUCAGAAAUCCCGCGCCGCGGCGGCGCAGCGUAAACUCCAGACCGAAGCCCUGUCAGCGAAGAGGCGGCGCCUGAAGGAUGAGCUUGAGGAGGCAGAGCGCGGGGCAAAGCGCAUGAAAGAAGACGAUAUCGCGCGCCAGGCAGAGCUUGAGCGUGAGAGAGUGGCAUCUGCUGCGAAGGGUCGAGCCUACAUGGAAGAACGCAAGCGACAACUAGCAGAGGCAGAGGCCCGCGAGAAAGAUAGAGAGAAGCAGAAGGAAGAAAAUCUGGACGAUAAGAUCCGUGAACUUGAAAGGCGCCUCGAAGAGAAGGCUCGAAAGAAGGCCGAGAAGAAGGCACGCAAAAAUGGUCUUCCGGUUGUACCUCAACAAUCAGAUGCUACUAAGACCGCUGAACCAUCACCCAAAGCUUCAGAAAGUGUUCCUCCACCACCACCACAAAACCCACGAGCGGAUCCCCUAAUACCUACCGACCAGAACGGCGCCGCGGCCCCAGCAGCCGUACCCAAGCCUAACUGGAAAACCACGAUGGAAAGAUUGAAAGCGGCUGAAGCUGCACGUCAGGAGCGGAAACGUAGAGAGGUGGAGCCGGCAGAGGCGCCAAAGGUAGUUUCUUAG